UGGGCCGGGGCCGGGGCCGCUCCCGCCGCGCCGCGCCGCCGCCAUGAGCCGCCGCCCGCUGUGCCAGCCCGGCCCCAACGGCACCGAGCCCAUGCGGCCGCGGGGCAACGGCACGGGCCGGGCGGCGGAGGGCUGCGGCGCCGUGUCGGUGGCGUUCCCGCUGACCAUGAUGAUCACGGGCAUCGUGGGCAACGCGCUGGCCAUGCUGCUGGUGUCCCGCAGCUACCGAGCCAAGGAGAACCGGCGCAAGCGCUCCUUCCUGCUGUGCAUCGGCUCGCUGGCGCUCACCGACCUGACCGGGCAGCUGCUCACCAGCCCCAUCGUCAUCGCCGUGUACCUGUCCGACCGCGCCUGGAACAACGUCGACCCCUCGGGCCGCCUCUGCGCCUUCUUCGGCUUCAGCAUGACCGUCUUCGGCCUCUGCCCGCUCUUCAUCGCCAGCGCCAUGGCCGCGGAGCGGACGCUGGCCAUCCGCGCGCCGCACUGCUACGCCAGCCACAUGAAGACGCGCGUCACCAAGGCCGUGCUGCUGGGCAUCUGGCUGGCCGUGCCCGCCUUCGCCCUGCUGCCCCUGGCCGGGCUGGGCCGCUACGCGCUGCAGUGGCCCGGCACGUGGUGCUUCAUCAGCACCGAGGGGCAGCGGCCGGGCAGCCUGCUCUUCGCCUCCGCCUUCGCGGGGCUGGGGCUCUUCUCGCUGCUGGUGACGGUGACCUGCAACCUGGCCACCAUCGAGGCCCUGGUGUCCCGCUGCCGGAGCAAGGCCGCCGCCUCGCGCUCCAGCAAGCAGUGGGGACGGAUCGCCACCGAGACGCUGAUCCAGCUGCUGGGGAUCAUGUGCGUCCUGUCGGCGUGCUGGUCACCGCUGCUGGUAACAAUGCUUAAGAUGAUCUUCAGCCACACAUCUUUUGAGUCCUGCAAGGGGUUCUCUGCAGAAGCCCAAAGCUCAGAACUCUACAAAGAAUGCAAUUUCUUCUUGACAGCUGUGCGCUUGGCCUCCCUAAACCAGAUCCUGGAUCCGUGGGUUUAUCUGCUGCUCCGAAAGAUCCUGCUCCAGAAGUUCUGCCAGGCGGCCAGCGCUGUCUCCAAGUGCUCCAACAAUGAGUGCAAGGAGAGAUCCAUCACGUUGUCAGAUGAAAUCCGACGGACAGCGGCGUGAUGGAGCGUGGAUCCGCUUGCACAAAGACUGCUUUGGCCAACAAGUGGCUUUACAUCUUACUGUGAAUUGGGCAUCUGUCGCGUUCCCAUCUGCGUAAACAGCGGAAAGCAGCAGGGCUGAGUGCCAAAUAAGUAUUUAUCCAGUGUGCCAAAAAUUCUCAAGUGUAGACAAAGGAAUUGGUUUUGUUGCUAAAUUCUGUUGUUACCACAAUUCCUGAUGGAGCUGCAGAACAUGACUUUACUGCGUGCCCAAGUGGAGCUUGGAGGGGCUUUUUGGUCUUGCUUUAAGGUAGGAAAAGGUGGUUUUCCUAUCACGGGGUGCUUGGAACAGAUUAAUUAUGGAGGAGACCCACUCCUAUGUAUAACCUUAAUGCUUAGAUUAUUUGCUUCAGAGAGUCUUUCGUCCUUGUUUUUCUGGAUGGACAAGGAGAGAAAAUGGCAGACCAUACACUAAGAUAAAACGAGGAGUUCUGAUUUGGAUUUCCAUGGCUUUCAGUGGAAGCUUGAGUUGUCGCAGUGAUGGUAGAUCUUUCUCUUCUGAGAACUGAAGGAAGCCUGUGCCUGGUGACACGUGUUGUCCUGGUCGAUGCUCGUUCCACAUGGAUGCUGGGGUCAGCUCACUGCGGAGCAGGGUGCAGUGCUGGGCAGACAGCAGCAGUAGGAAAACUGUGCUGCUCCGUUUUUUUAUAGCAGCCUGUGAAACACCCACACAUCACACCAGAUGCUGAUAGCAGAGCCCAUUGUAAAGCUACUUUGCACAGAUGGAGAGAGUGAUAAACAGGUUGUAAGAGACAGUGAGCAUUCAUCUUCCUGUGGAUUAGUGGCAAAGGUUUACAAAGGCAAAAAUUUAUCUUUUAUAUGGGUGAUUUUAUUUGGAAAUGUGCACAACCAGGAACAAAAUGAACGUCAAAAGGUCUGAAGCAGUGGGGACGCCGCUCAGAGCUUCUUCAUUAUUGAAAUGCCUAGAGUGGCCAGAGUGGUAGAGGAGAGCAAGUGCUCUCUUUCUUCUUUCCUCCAUAAAGACAAAUUUUAAGGAUAUGGCAGCUUUGGGAAUUUUUAAAAUAAAGCAGACUGGAAGAGAUGGGUAGAAGAAUGUGCAUUUAUCAAAUCUUUCCUCCAGCUAUUGUUCAGCUUUUAUUAGAAAACUGAGUCCUCACCCAUUUAUUAGAACAUCUGAGGCUUAUUUUCACAAACAUUUCUCCCCAUUUCUUUGCCUUUUUUGUAGAUGAUAGUCCAUAAUGCCUCCUGUUUAAUGGCCUCUUAGGCAAAAUUACAUGCAAUUACAGUAUAUCAGGUAAUUGUCCACCGUGUGCUACGUGCCAUGUAAUACUGAAUUCAGGGGCCUUAAAGGCAAGUGUAACCCUGCAUCUGCUGGGAAUCUCUGAUACAGAGCCUUGAUUUUUGCUUCACUGUUUUUGCUUCUGAAAGCAACUACUCAAAUGAGAAACCACUUUUCCUGUUCCGCUGCAGUGCUGUCUAGAUGCUAUCGCCACAUCAGGCCAAAAUAUUUCAUCUGAGGGCAGAACCACUGCCUACAGAAGUCUGCUUCUGUGUGGAUGGGCGUUGGAGUGCAGCUGGAAGCUGAAGCCCCGCUUUCCCCAGGAGCAAGCCUAGAGCCGUGCCCGGUGCCUGGGUGCAGCAGUGCCGUGGGUGCAGCAGGAUGCUCGGUGCUGCUCAGUGCUGCUCGGUGCUGCUCAGUGCUGGCGGGUACCCGUGUGCUCCUUACAGCUGGGAGCAUGGUGCGGGGCACGGCUGGAAGCAGCAGCUGCCCUGGGGCUCUGGGGAAGUGCCUUGCAGCCGUCACACGUUUCUAAGAGUGAUGUUGUAAUCUGCACGCCUGUUCUGCUGUCCAGAGGAUUGCUGUUGUUCAGUCUGCGUGCAGAAUGAGCCCAGUGCCUCGUGCAGUGUGUCAGGACGACCUCAGGCACGGGGCCGAAGCCCUGGUGAGCAGCAGGGCUGGAGCGUGGGCCCACUGGGGCCGCGCGUGGUUGGCAGGAAGGUGACUCAGGGCCUCCUCUAUCAGCCCCUUGGCAGCCACAAAGGAAAAUGAUAUUUUUUCCUUUUACACAGAGAAUCAAGUGUGUGGUAGUGGUUAAAUGCAUAUGGACUUGCUAUUCUUAAGCAAGUCGCGGACAGAUUCACCUUUCCCUUGACUUAGCUCUGUUGCUCCGUGCCUUUCCUCGGUGAAGCAGGACACCUGUGGGUGUGGAUAAAGGCCGUUCUGUCAGCCCCUGUGUGUGCUAACACAAAGAAGCUACUUUAAAUAUCAGAAAAUGGAGGAGAAUGUCUGCUUUCUUUGUUUGCAGCCGAGGAGUGGGAGCACCAUUUGCCAGCCGGCGGGGGAACGCGCUUUUGGAGAUGGAUUCAAAAAGCUUGGGCAGAAAUUGAAGCUUUUCUUUCCCAUUACUUGUUUGAGUUGGAAGGUGUAUUUCUGUCGCAUUUCUUUAAAGAUGCCUUUCUGUGUGAUGUACUUUAAUUCCUCUAUGGAAGCAUUCCUAGUGCCGAUUUCAAUACGUUGUAUUCUUCUGUCAGAUUUUACGGAAGCGGUGAAUGGGAAAACUAUUUUGAGAUCAUUUGCCUUAAAAACAAGCUUGUUUGUGUGCCAACUUAAUGUGCGUUGUAUCUGUCAGAAUAAAAGUGCAGUAGAAUACCCAGUCCUGAGCCUGGUUCCUUCUGGAGCCCGGAGGCGGCCAUGGGGCUGUCCUGGCGUGUGGCUGCUUCGCCAUCCCUCGCUCCUUCCCGCACUAUUUCCUGCCACAAGAAAAGAAUCAGAAUAAGGUAAAAAUUGCCUUAUUAAAAUAAAAGGAAUACACGA